GCCAGCAGCGGCCGCUCGAGCUCGGCUUGCUAACCCCGGGCCGCGGGCGCGAUGGCGGGUUCCGCGCUGAAGGUCGCGGGGCGGUGGCUCAGCCAGCGCAGCGGGCCGGGUGCGCCCCUUCUCCUCCGGCAGCUGUUCGAGCCCACGAGCUGCACCUACACGUACCUGCUGGGCGACCGCGAGUCCCGCGAAGCCGUGCUCAUCGACCCGGUUCUGGAGACGGCGCCGCGGGACGCGCAGCUGGUCAAGGAGCUGGGGCUGCGGCUGCUGUUUGCGGUGAACACGCACUGCCAUGCCGACCACAUCACCGGCUCGGGGGUGCUGCGCUCGCUGCUGCCCGGCUGCAAAUCGGUCAUCUCCCGGCUCAGCGGGGCCCAGGCCGACAUGCACAUCGAGGACGGCGACGCCAUCCGCUUCGGGCGCUUCGUGUUGGAGACCCGUGCCAGCCCUGGCCACACCCCGGGCUGUGUCACCUUCGUGCUGAAUGACCACAGUAUGGCCUUCACUGGAGACGCCCUGCUCAUCCGCGGGUGUGGCCGAACCGACUUCCAACAAGGCUGUGCUAAGACCUUGUACCACUCAGUCCACGAAAAGAUCUUCACGCUUCCAGGAGAUUGUCUGGUCUACCCUGCUCAUGACUACCACGGGCUCACAGUGUCCACUGUGGAGGAGGAGCGGACUCUGAACCCUCGGCUCACACUCAGCUGCGAGGAGUUUAUCAAGGUCAUGAAUAACCUGAACUUGCCUAAGCCUCGGCAGAUAGACGUCGCUGUUCCAGCUAAUAUGCGCUGUGGGGUCCAGAGUCCCCCCAGCUGAUGCAGGCUCUGCCAGCAGCUCCUGGCCAUUAGGAAUUGCACUUAAGAGGGGCUGGGGAGAGGUUCCCCCCUUGUUGCCCGCACCCCUCUACUCCUUUCUCACCCAAGCCCUUCAGCUUCUUCAAUAAAAAAUCUUUUUGAAUUUGCUCUAAA